AUGCAAGAGAAUCAUACUCGGUUUGUGAAUAUACUGAAUAAUACAUAUGAUAAUCAUAAUUCAUUAAUCAAUAAUUUAAAUGAUACGUCAAUGCAUGCCAAAAUAGAUGACUUUCGUCGCCAAGCAUCUUAUUGGAUAUUUAUUAUUAAAUGUUGCAUAUGUUCACUUGGAAUAUUAGGAAAUGGUCUUGCACUUAUUGUUAUUAAUCAUCGUUCAUUACGUAAUACGACAUCAAGGGUAUUUAUAACGUAUUUAGCUAUAUUUGAUUCAUUAACUCUCAUUUUGAUGUUGACGGACUCAAUAAUACUUUUCAAAAGAUCAUUAAUUUUAAAUUGCAUUUCUCUUUAUUUAAGCGAUUUCUUUACACUUACUAGUGUUUGGAUUAUGGUUAUUAUGACAAUAGAGCGUUAUAUUGCAGUUCAUUCACCAUUUUUAGCGAAACGUUUUUGUACAAUAGAGCACGCACGUUAUUCAAUGUAUAUACUUAUAUUUAUUACAUUCGCUCUCUCUUUAAAAUUUCCAUUAGUGUAUACAAUAAAUCAAAAUGAACAAGAUUGUGAUGUUCGUGAGCAAUUUAGAGCAUUCUUUCGAUUUAUAGAACCAGCCAUAUUUUAUGUUAUACCUGGUCUUAUAUUAUUAGUUAAUUUCUUUACUAUUUAUGAAUUAUUUAUCGCUAAACGACAACGAACACAAAUGUUAAUGAAUCCUGAUAAUACUAUAAAUUCAAUAAGUACAAAUACAUUCAGUAAACAACAAAAAGUAUUAACUAUUAUGCUUCUUACAGAUUCAUUAAGUUUUUAUUUAUUUACAAUACCAGCUUCUAUUCACUAUAUGCUUUGGACAAGAAAAUUGCACAAUCUAGAUGUAGAAGAAAUUAAAAUACGGAUUCUCAUAAGUUAUGUAACUGAUACUAUGCGUCAUAUGAGUUCAGCGACUAACUUUUUAUUUUAUUAUAUAGCUGGUUCAAAAUUUCGCGAAGCUUGUUCAGAAACAUGGACUGAUAUCUAUGACUAUAUACGGAUAAAAUUUAAUUGUAAUGGUCAACGAUUACAAAGUGCAAGUAUUCCACUAACAAAUCAGCAAUAUGCACGAUGUCGAAUUUUCAUGACUCACGAACUUCGUUCCGCGAAUCUUGCUCACUCGCCUCCCUAA